AUGAGCUCGGGCCCCGAGCCCCGAACCCUCCGGACGCCCCGGACAUCCUUCAGCAUCGCAGACAUUCUAGGCCGGCGCGUGGUCCCUCAGGCACCCCCUACGCCGCAGCUCCCAGAGUCGAGCCCUGGAGCCGCAUCUCCUCUGUGCGCGCUGGAGGAGCUGACUAGUAAAACUUUCCACGGACUCGACGGGCGCGCCCCGCGGCCCUCUGAAGGCCGCCCGACCCCGGGCGCUCUAGACCCCGGCCCAGCUGGCCGCAGACGGCGCAAGUCACGCACGGCGUUCACCGCACAGCAGGUGCUGGAGCUGGAGCGGCGUUUCGUCUUCCAGAAGUAUCUGGCGCCGUCCGAGCGCGACGGGCUGGCUGCGCGGCUGGGCCUGGCCAACGCGCAGGUCGUCACUUGGUUCCAGAACCGGCGCGCCAAGCUCAAGCGCGACGUGGAGGAGAUGCGCGCCGACGUGGCCUCGCUGCGCGCGCUGUCCCCGGGAGUCCUGUGCCGCCUCGCGCAGCCAGACGGCGCCCCAGGCCCCGGCCCGUCUGACCCCGGGAGGAACCCGUCUGACGAGGAGAUACAGGUGGACGAUUGA